AUGGCAUCAAUGGAUUAUGAAAAUGAGAAUAGUGCUCGAUACGAAGAAGAGCCCUCUCGUUAUGAACAUGAUAGAAGUGCAUCACCAAGACCUUCUCGCCGCAACGAUAGCCCUCGUGAGCGCCCAAGAAGAUCUGCAUCUCCGAGUGGCAACACUCACGUAGACAGCCGUCCUCCCAAGGGAGAUACUCGAGGUGCACCUCCGGAUGAUGGUGCAAUUAACCCUGGAUCUAACUUAUUCGUGACUGGUAUCCAUCCUCGUCUCUCCGAGCAGGAUGUUACACGUCUGUUCGAAAAGUAUGGAGACGUCGAAAAGUGUCAAAUUAUGCUUGAUCCUCACUCGAAAGAGUCUCGUGGAUUCGGUUUCGUAAAGAUGGUCACUGCUGAUCAAGCGGACGCAGCAAAAGAAGGGCUCCAGGGUGAAGUAAUUGAAGGCCGUACACUGAGCAUUGAGAAGGCUCGUCGCUCACGCCCACGAACCCCGACACCGGGAAAAUACUUCGGCCCUCCAAAGAGGGAAGAUCCCAGACAAUUCGGAAGAUACAACGAUCGCUACGAUGAUCGUCGCAGAGGGGGUUACAGUGGGAGAGAUGAUUACAGGGGAAAUCACUACCGACGUGAUGACCGUGAUCGUGGAUACGGAGGUAGAGACCGUGACGAUUACGUUCCACGCGGAACAGACAGAUAUGCUCGUGAUGAUCGAUACGGAGGUCGCGGUAACGACGAUCGCCGAGGGGGUGGCGGAGGGUACUCAGAUCGAUAUGAGCGGGGUGAACGAGGAUCUACUCGUGAAGUACCUCCAGCAGCUGCAUACGGCGACCCAGCACCCCGUGGCGAGGGCAGAGAUCCCUACGGAGGAAGAGGAGGCUACGAUGAUGAGAGAUUCUCAAGACGAGAAUACUAA